CAAUUGGAUUGUUUGAAUGAGUGCUUUCAGAGGGUGGUAAAAAUUGUGAUACAAAUUUUUUAUAUUUGUAAAAGCACAGGUCCUGUUGAAACAGGGCUUUCUUGGUUUGAGUACCAAAUUAUGGGCAACAAGGAUUUUAUUGAACUCCAUGCAUUGAACGAUGAAGUUAAGGAUGGCGUCUUCAAUAAGGAGAAUGUGAAACAGGCUAAGGGUGAAAUCAGAAAUUUAGAUAAGCAGCACACCCAAAGAAAAUACCCUGAGGAAGAUUUAGUUGAUAAACCGCCGCCUUUGCAGGGGAAUGUUGAAUUGGUAGAAACUGUUACCAUUGCUGAGAAGAUGACUGGGAUUGAAUCCAUUGUGCAUGGUGGCAAUAAUGAUGUGAUUCUCCAAAAGGAAGUUUUUAGCAGCCAUAAGAUAGAUGGUAGCUCUGUAACAGGUGUUAAGAGAUCCCGGAUGACAUGUGAUGAUCAGCAACCAUUUGUGCAUGUGAUAUAUAAUUCCUUAUCAAGAAAAAGCAAAAGGAAGCUUGAGGAGCUUUUACAUCAUUGGUCAGAAUGGCAUGCUCAGCAAUGUUCUUCAUCCAAAGAUUCUGAUGAAGUUUUGGAGUCGGGUGAUGAAACUUAUUUUCCAGCAUUACAUGUUGGUCUUGGUCCUGAGAAAACCUCUAUGGUGUCUUUCUGGAUGGAUAAUCAAGUGAAAGAAAAGAAAAACGAGGGGUUCAUCUCAUUGAAUGACAAUGCUGUUCCUCUAUAUGAUCGAGAAUAUGCAUUGGGUCUAACUUCAAUGGAUGAUUUGAAUAACCUGGAAAGAGGCUUGGAAACACUUGAUGCUUCUCGCUGUUUCAACUGUGGUUCCUAUAACCAUUCACUGAAGGAAUGCCCUAAGCCUCGAGAUAAUGUUGCUGUCAAUAAUGCUCGGAAGCAGCACCAAUCCAAGAGAAACCAACCUGUUGGUCCUCGUAUUGCAACUCGCUAUUACCAAAAUUCUCCUGGGGGGAAAUAUGAUGGACUAAAACCAGGUGUUCUUGGUCCUGAAACAAGGAAAAUAUUGAAUCUUGGGGAGUUUGAUCCACCUCCAUGGCUUAAUAGGAUGCGUGAGAUAGGAUACCCACCAGGAUAUCUAGAUGCUGUAGAUGAAGACCAGUCUUCAGGGAUUAUAAUAUAUGCAGAUGAGGAAACCAGGGAAGAAGAGGAUAAGGAAAAUUUAAAAUUAAACACUUCAAUACUGCAGAAGACAAUGUCUGUUGAUUUCCCUGGAAUAAAUGCACCAAUCCCAGAGAAUGCAGAUGAGAGACGCUGGACAACUUCUCAGCUUCCAGUAAGUUUUGAUUCUCUGAGGAACCGGGCGAACCUUAGAUCAAACUGUUCCUCAGAAUCUAUCUCCAACGGCCUCCCCCAUAAUCAGAGGGGGCCCAGGGACUACAGAGAUGGUGGCUUCCCUGGUUACAGCCCCACCAUGUUUGAUCACUCACGUGGCUACAGUGGUUUCAGUCUCAGUCGGCCAAGUGAAUACUUCAGUCUAAGAGGUGAUAACCCGAAUGGCUACAGUGGUUGCAAUCCCAAAUAUGCAAGUGAUCCUUUCAGUCCAAGAGGUGAUAACUUGGGCUUCUACAAUCCUUUCAGCCCUAAUAUCACAGGGGACGCCUUCAGUCCAAGAGGUGACCUGUUGAUGAGAGGCCCAAGUUUGGGAAGGUCUAUGUCCGAUAGAGGGAGGAGUUCGUUGUUUCUUGAAGGUUCUAGCCAUACUACAGACACUCUCUUACCAUAUGCAUCCUCAGGCCUGCUCCAGUCUCCUCAUGAUUAUGGUUCAUUCAGAUUUGAGGCUCCAGCUUAUGAGGGGCACUGGCGUCCCUACUGACCAAUAAUCGAAACUGCUGUCUUUAUAAUGGCAAGCGAAUGAAUUCCCCACCAGAUUAUAGGACCAGCUGCAUAAAGGAUGUUGAACUGUUAUCCUCAAUUCUUACUUAACAUUAGGGAUCUUGGUUUCUUGAAUAAGUUUUGAAUAUUCUUCUCUUAUACAUGAUCUGGGACAAAGUUGUUUGUUUAUUCAGUUGUAUGCUGAUGACAUGUUGGUUGGUUGUCUGGCAUGUAUAUCUAAUGUUCCUUCCAUAUAUUAAGUUUAAAAAUCUGUGGCGUUCGCCCAAUCUUUGGUUUCUGC